CCCUAUUGUCCUCUGCUACCUGUAGGUGCUGUUUCCUCCAGUCAGUUCAUCCUAACACUGUUCCUCUGCUACCUGUAGGUGCUGUUUCCUCCAGUCAGUUCAUCCUAACACUGUUCCUCUGCUACCUGUAGGUGCUGUUUCCUCCAGUCAGUUCAUCCUAACACUGUUCCUCUGCUACCUGUAGGUGCUGUUUCCUCCAGUCAGGAUGGGAUCUCUGCAGCAGAGGUGGAGCUGAGAGUCAGACCAGGAGACAACAUCACUCUCUAUAGUGACUGUAGAACAACAAGUGAAAUGUACACAGUCUGGUUCAGGAAUUGUUCUCAUGAGCACCAGCCUCCUCUUGUUAUUACAUAUUAUAACCGUUUGUCAUCUCAUUUCCUCAAUCCUCUCCCUCGGUAUACAAUGUUCUGGAACCACUAUAACAUGUCCUAUGAUCUACUGAUUGAGAACAUCACUGAAUCUGACCUGGGACUCUACUACUGUGGGACUAUAGAGAGAAAUAUGGAGAAUGAGCAACGUAUUGAACAGACAAAUGUCUACCACUAUGGACAUGUCAUGAGAAGGCUUUCAUUUGAUGCCAGAACACCUGAUGUAGACUGUGGUCUGUGUUGGAUGUUGCUGUUCAGUCUGUGUCCUGUGUCUGCUCUCCUCUCCUCUCUCCUCUCCUCUGCCUGUGUCUACUCCUUCUGCAGAACAACAGCUCCAACUGAGACUCAGGUUCCUCUGAACAGGACGACCACCAGGGGAAGUGACAGCAGAGAGCAGACUACAGUCAGAAACCUUCGCACCCAUCAAUACCAUCAGAGUGAGACCUAUGCCAACCAUCAAUACCAGCAGAGUAUGAGACCUAUACCAGUCAUCAAUACCAGCAGAGUCAGACCUAACCAUUCAUCAAUACCAGCAGUGUGAGACCUACACCAGCCAUCAAUACAUCAGAGGGAGACCUACACCAGCCAUCAAUACAUCAGAGGGAGACCUAUACCAGCCAUCAAUACCAUCAGAGUGAGACCUAUACCAUCCAUCAAUACCAGCAGAGUGAGACCUAUACCAGCCAUCAAUACCAGCAGAG